UUUUUUUUUUUUAAAGCAGCUGUAAGAAGACAGCAGACGCGUUCGGUCCUCCUGUGGGGUCGAUCUCGUGUUUCUACUUACAUGUUCAUUUUGGCUGUUGUGACACUUCGACAUCUCAUACAGCAUUUUCUAGACCUGGGAUUGGUGAGAUUUCAGUCUCGGUUUAGGCUGAGAGGGAGACUGAAGGUGAGGUGAGUGGACUAUUGCUCACCUCACCCCACCUCACUGGCUAAUCAGAAGAGUAGCUGCUUUACCCAGAGUCAGUGCAGGAGAGCUAAUAAAAACAAGUUUUAUUCCACUUCAUAUGUUUGCUCUGGCUGGUAUUAUCCACUAUUUCUGUAUUAUCCGCGUGGAGAGCUGACACGACCGUCCCCGAGCCUUCAGGAAAAUCCUGCAGGGUGAAACUCUUCCAGUUCGUAGGCCACAGGCUUUGCUUAUGGAGAUCCAUUUAGCACGUUUCCCCCAAUCCGAGUCUGAUGAGUGUCAGAAACGCUUUCAGGCGGCUGUGGAUGUGAUCCAGAACCUGCCCAAAAACGGUUCCUACAGGCCUUCAUAUGAAGUGAUGCUGCGUUUCUAUAGUCUGUAUAAACAGGCUGUGUGUGGACCGUGCACAGCAUCUCGCCCAGGCUUCUGGGAUCCAGUAGGUCGCUACAAAUGGGAUGCUUGGAAUCGGCUUGGAGACAUGAGUCGUGAGAAUGCAAUGGCUGCCUAUGUUAAUGAGAUGAAGAAAGUUGCUCAAGAGGUUAUAGACAAUAUGCCCAUAAAUGAGAAGACAGCCUCUUUUUACCAUUAUUUUGAGCCACUCUACCAUGUCAUUCAUGAUCUGCCAAGACCACCAGAGGCACUACUGAGUCUGAGACAAGAUAUAAAUGCAAAUGAAGCAACUGAAAAUCCAGGGCAGGAUGUGGAUGGUGUUAUACAGGAAGAAAUAACCCAAGAGCAGGUGCAGAAGUUGGAUCCUGAGUUUCUCUGUAACAAUGUGCCUCAGACUGAAAGUUCAGAUGUGGCUCUGUUAGAUGGUCUGGUGCUGACCAGUGACUCGGAGAGUGAAAUUUUCUGUGACUCAGUGGAGCAGCUGGACUACAUUAAGCCAGUUCCUGAACCGUACAGUGAGCAGAAUCAACAUGUGAACCGAACACCUGCCCUACAGGUGACCCAGCUGGGUGCUGGGCAGGGUGGAGAGGGGGCUGGAAAUGGACCUCCACCGAGGAGGAGGGAAAAAGGAAGAGAAGGAAUGAGCCAUGGUUGGAGGGAAGCUCCUGGUGGUGUUCCAUAUAACAACAGUAGACGAGGAGGGCAGCAAGCCUCAGGUGGAGGAGGAGGAGGACACAACCCUGACAGAGGGAUUGAAGGACUUCAGGAUACACAGGUGCAGGAGCAGAUCAUACUGGCACUACAGAGGCUCAGAGAGGACAUGCAGAGCAUGAUGGAGCGACUGGAGGUGGUCGAGGGCUUGGCUGCAGCUAAUGCUCACAAUUGGAGACACGUGCAGUUACCAUCACAGACUGAGGUGGAGAAAUGGUGGCCAUUUGAUGUCUCUGGUCGAACGUUGCUGCUGCUUCUGCUCUGGCCUUUCAUCGCUCAGGGAAUGAUAUUCUGGCUCCGGCAGAGGAAAAAAAAGCCUCAAAAUCUUAUGUCCAUAAUCUGAAUGUAUCAUAUGCAAGGGAAUCAUAGUAAUGAACAGUAUACUAUUUGAUGGUGAGUUCCUGGUGCUUAAAUGGAAAACGGGGAUUGUUUUAAACAAAAGUUUAUUUCAAAACGAACGGCAUGAAGAAUCGACUCCACAGAUUCUUUUUGAAAUAAACUCGAGGGACAUUUGAAA